CACAGCCCCCAUCACCUUCUCUCUUCUGCUCGUUUCCUCCUAUCAUUUCCCUGCACUUUUUGAUUCACCAGGCCCUCCCUCGCUCAGAUCUGCGGGACUCAGGCCUGUGGGAGAGGAGGGCCCAGUGUUAGGAAGCCCGGCGGCCCAGGUGCAAGGAGCAGCAGGGAAAAGAACCAGUCCGUCUGGGGCAUCAGCCUCCCGUGGGCCUGAGCGAUGGGGAACAUUAUGGACGGUAAGUCGGUGGAGGAGCUAAGCAGCACCGAGUGCCACCAGUGGUACAAGAAGUUCAUGACCGAGUGCCCCUCCGGCCAGCUCACCCUCUACGAGUUCCGCCAGUUCUUCGGCCUCAAGAACCUGAGCCCGUGGGCCAGCCAGUACGUGGAGCAGAUGUUUGAGACCUUUGACUUCAACAAAGACGGCUACAUCGACUUCAUGGAGUACGUGGCGGCGCUGAGUCUUGUCCUCAAGGGGAAGGUGGAACAGAAGCUGCGCUGGUACUUCAAGCUCUACGACGUAGACGGCAACGGAUGCAUCGACCGCGACGAGCUCCUCACCAUCAUCCGGGCCAUCCGAACCAUUAACCCCUGCAGCGACUCGACCAUGACCGCAGAGGAGUUCACCGAUACAGUGUUCUCCAAGAUUGACGUCAAUGGGGAUGGGGAACUCUCCCUGGAGGAGUUCAUGGAGGGCGUCCAGAAGGACCAGAUGCUCUUGGACACGCUAACCCGAAGCCUGGACCUUACCCACAUUGUGCGCAGGCUCCAGGAUGGAGAGCAGGAUGAGGAGGGAGCUGGUGGCAGGGAAAGUGAGGCAGCGGAAGCAGCCGGCUGAGCCCACUGCCCUGCUGUUUCUGUAUUGGGGAGGGGUGUGUGGUGGUGCCUGGUGUCUCGUUGUUUUAAUACUAGAUGGAGUCGUCUG